AUGAACGGACAUGCAUCCUGGCACAGCAUCGCUCCUCCAUUCCAUGGCUCCGCACUCUAUAUCAAGCCACUCCCGACCAAGAAAGGAGAGGAGGUGGAUCCACUCGACUACGCGGUUCCGAGCGAGACUGUGCCUAAGAUGGCGUAUCUCUACUCGUGGUUUGCACGACAAGUGCCUGUAAAUGCAUCGGCUCUGCAUUUUUACCAGUCAGAGCCAUUCACAAGCGAGACAGAGCUAGUGGAGCCCAUCCGAGAAUUCCACCAGAGUAUGAACGACAUGAUGCAUUUCGUGGACUUCGCUGAAAGCCAAGAAGCUCACCCGAUUGACAUUUUUAAGCCGUCGUCGCUACCAUUUUAUUCUUUCAUUUAA